CUAAAUUUCUCGGUCUCUUGGGGAAGGGAUAAAUCGUUCCUUCAAAUCGAUUAUAUGCAUCGGUUUCAAUACUUACGGAAGAGAAGAACAACGACAGCAACCUUGAUUUUACUUCUACGAUGGUAACCCACAAAGAUACCGAGUCUUCGGCGCCUCCUAGGAAUUCCAACUUCUCCUCCGGCCAAGAUAUAGGUUGCCCGGAUUCUAAUUCUUUCCCGACUGAAUAUGGCAACCUCCAAAAUCACAUAGAUCGUGAUGUUAUGCCAUCCACUGCUGGCAUUGGAAGCAAUAGAUUGGAUGAGUCUGGAGAAUGUGAUGCUAAGUUAGCUCGAGGUUCUGAGGAAGAUAGUGGUCAGAAAAGAGACUGCAAAGCUGGCCACCAGCAGCAAGGAAAAUACUUCUUUUAUGAUUCACCGCUUUCUGAAGAAACUGGGGUUUGGAUACCUGUUUCUGUUCCACCUAUGUUGGAAAACGAGCAUGAAGAGUGGGCUAGAGGUUUUCACACGAAUGGGGGUUACUUCCCUGAAGGAGACAUGGGAUGGGGCCAGUACCUUGGGGAAGAAAAGGAAUUGACCAUGUGGGAUGUGAUGGUGGAGAUGUUACUUGCGGCACGUGGGAAAGUGGGUGCUAUUGCUUCAGGUGACAUCCACAGGUGUACAUUCUCAUUGGUUUCAAGCCAUCUACUCGAACAAGCUUGGAAAGAGAUGGCCCAGACUUUGACAGAGACUAAUUUUGGCAAUGUGAGGGAAAUAAUUGAGGCGGAGCCACCAAAAUGGUUGGCUGACAGUGCUGCCUUUGCGUGUAUGUUAUGUGGUGUGCGAUUUCAUCCAAUCAUCUGUUCAAGGCAUCACUGCAGGUUUUGUGGAGGAAUAUUUUGCAGUGAAUGCACUAAAGGAAGGAGCUUGUUGCCUGCAAAGUUUCGUACUGGGGAUCCCCAACGGGUCUGUGAUGUAUGCUGUGUUCGGCUCGAGUCUGUCCAGCCCUACUUGAUGGACCAAGUCAGUCAUGCUGCUCAGUCACCAACCCAAGACCUGACGGACCUCAGCACUUUGAGAUCAUGGGUUAAUUUUCCUUGGGGACAGUCUAUGGAAUAUGAGAUCUAUAAGGCAACAAACACUAUCCGGUCUUAUAAUAAGGUACCUGAGAAGAAAAUUCCAGAUGCCAUUCUACGGCAAGCAAAAGGCCUUGCAAUCAUUACUGUUGUGAAAGUCGGGGUGAUGGUUACCUACAAUAUAGGAACUGGACUUGUGGUUGCUCGUAGAGAAGAUGGUUCGUGGUCCCCACCAUCUGCCAUUUCUACAUUUGGUGUGGGUUGGGGGGCUCAGGCUGGAGGAGAAUUGACAGACUUCAUUAUUGUGUUGAGAACGACUGAGGCUAUCAAGACAUUCAGUAGUACUGUCCAUCUUUCAGUCGGAGCUGGUUUGAGUGCAGCUGUGGGAAAUGUAGGAAGGGCAGCUGAAGCUGAUGUGCGCGCUGGUGAUGGUGGUUAUGCUGCUUGUUAUACAUACAGCUGCAGUAAAGGUGCAUUUGUUGGUUGUUCACUUGAAGGAAGUGUAGUCACCACUCGUACGAAAGAAAAUUCUCGAUUCUAUGGUAGCCAGUCAUUGACUGCCUUAGAUAUACUUCUUGGCUCCCUGCCGAGACCGCCUGCUGCUGCCAUCCUCUAUCAUUCUCUUGCAGAUUUGUGUCAGAAGUUCGAGGUUGAGUGAUUGGAGUUGAUUAUUGACUUUGUUGCCAAGUUUCAUUGGUCAAGUAUGCCAGUUUGUAAAGGUUCUUUGCUGCCAUUCUUUACACAUGUAAAGUCAUACUCAAGAUAUGUAUAGCAUGUCUAUUGGGAAUCCUCCCAGGGAAUACGCCAAAAGUGCCCCAAAAACAAAAAAAAAAUGUAUAUGUUUAUGUAUAUAGUGACAACUACUUGGUUGAACACCUGUCAUAUCUGCCGCAAAUUGUUCAUAAAACUUGGAUGGUCAUGGCAUUUCUCUA